AUGUUCGUGGAAUUGUGCGAUAGGUUGGAGACCAUCAUGAACUCCUCGGACAUCAACGAGGCUGUGGAGCACGAACUCGAGCGCUAUCGCAUUCGCAUGCCGCCACCUCCCGCACCGGCACCACCGCCACCCUCCUCGCUGUCAGUCGUUCAAUCUCAACCUCCCGUAGACCGUCGGAGUAGCAGUUGUGAAAAUCUUUUUGGCGCUGUCCGUGAGUGUCUGCGAGCUCACUGUCAUCAGAGAACAGUUAGCGCUACUAUAGCGUGA